AUCGUGUGAGCGUGUGUGGUUUUGUAAUGGAGAUGGCUGUCGGUUGAAAUUCUCGGGGUCGAGGAGCUGGCGGCUUCUCGGCCGCCCUUGUGUUUUUAACAGUCCUACGCGUAGUACACCUUUCCGGAUACGUAGUCGUCACUCGACACGGUCGGAGAACAGUAUUCGCCAUCCCUGUGUUGUGUGAUUGGGAAGUGUCGUGUUUGGCCCGUGUUGUGUGUGUGCGCCCGCCUCGCGGAUCGGUCUUUUUCGUUCGGAAGCCGCGAGCUCGCCCCGUGAUUGUCACGCAGUCUUGUGUUCGAUGCAAAACUUGAGAAAACCUGGCGCCGUCGCCACGACGCAACAAUGUCGAAUACCGACGACACACGUCGGACAUUAUUGAGCUGGGCGAGAUGAGCCCCAGGUCAUCGUCGUCGUACUGCAGGAGACACGAUCUUGGUCUUCUGACGCGCACGAGUUGGACGGAUGCUCGCACGGCGGUUCGGCAGAUUGAAAAGGGUCGCGCCAGUGGUGGCCGCUGGUCACUGCUCGUGCGCGGCCAACUUCAGGGACAGCUUGUGCAGCUGGGUCGAUUUGUCGACCGCAAUGCGGGCAAGGUGCUCUUCGUCGGACUUCUCGUGCUCGCCACCUUCUGUGUGGGCCUCAAGUCUGCGCACCUCGAGACGGACGUUCACAACUUGUGGGUGCAGCGCGGUGGACGCCUUGAGCGUGAGCAGGCAUACGUGCGAUCGACCUUGGGUGAGGGUGCGGGCACGAGUAGCCAGCUGGUGAUACAGACGGCGCCCUCGGGUAGUGAUCUCCUGCGGAGGCCCGAGACGCUCCUGUCACAUCUCGAUGCCCUCUCCCGGGCCACCCAAGUCACCGUGGACAUGUUCGAGCUGACAUGGCGGCUCAAAGACCUGUGCUAUGCCCCCAGCUUCCCUACGUUUGAUGAGAGCUAUGUGGACGACAUGCUUGAGAAGCUUUUGCCCUGCAUCAUUGUGACGCCCCUUGACUGCUUCUGGGAAGGGUCCAAGCUUCUCGGGCCAGAGAUUCCAGCUCACAUCCCAAUCCUAGGCUUUGGUGUACAGUGGACAGACCUCAACCCACAGCGUUUAGUUGCCGAGAUCCGGAAGGUGGCGACCUUUGGUGGCUCCUUCCCAUUCGACACUAUCCAAGAUUUCAUGCGAAGGGCAGGCAUCACAUCAGCAUACCAAGAGAAACCCUGCUUGGACCCAAGUGACCCCCGAUGCCCAGAAACCGCACCCAACAAGCGUUCAGGACGGGCACCUGACAUCGGUGCACAGCUGACGGGUGGCUGCUACGGUUUCGCAACAAAGUAUAUGCACUGGCCUGAGGACCUCAUCGUUGGAGGUGUCCAGAAAAACCGGUCGGGGCACAUAGUUCGGGCGGAAGCAUUGCAGUCGGUUGUUCAGCUGAUGGCAGAGCGCGACAUGUACCAUUACUGGAAAGGGCACUACCGGAUGGCGCACCUCGACUGGACCAUGGACAAAGCGCGCUCCAUCCUUGAGGCCUGGCAGCGCAAGUUUGCAGAGGAGGUCCUGCGGGAGGAUGCGUCGUUCGAGUACCGCAACACAACGCGACGACCCAUCGGUGAGCUGCACGUGUUCACAGCCACAUCGCUUGCGGACGUCAUGAAGGACUUCUCGCAAGUGAGCCCAGUUCGUGUGGCGCUUGGCUGCCUGCUGAUGGUUGUCUACGGCUGCCUGUCGCUGUGGGCUGCGGCCGCUCGCGACAACCCCUGGGGCAGUGCAAUCCUGGGCACUCUUGGAGUGCUUCUGGCUGUGGCCGCAGUGGGGGCCGGCUUGGGCCUCUGCGCCCUGCUUGGCCUGCCAUUCAAUGCAGCCACGACUCAAGUGAUGCCAUCGUUGGCACUCGGGUUGGCCUUGGACACCCUGUUCCUGCUUGACCAGGCAUACCGACAAGGGGCUAAAAGUCGGCCCCCAUACGAGCGCACCGCUCAGGUGCUGAAGUGCGUCGGACCCAGCGUGCUGGUGGCAUGGGCUGGUACAGCUGGCGCGUUCUGCGCAGCUGCGCUGAUCCCAGUGCCGGCACUGCGGGCCUUUGCACUCCAAGCUGCCGUGCUGCAUACGUUUGGCACAGCCACCAUGCUCCUCUUGUUUCCGGCCGCAGUCAGCGUGGACCUCAGGCGAAGCCGGCACAGCUGGCAACAGUGCUGCUCAGCCGAACAUGCAACAGUUGUAGUGGCUGCUGAAGGGGACUCACAAGCUCGAUCCGUAGCCAGGCCAGCGACAGUGGUAGCAGUCGGUCCCUUGGAAACUUGGGUGGGCACAGAUGCCGCUCGGGUGGUCGACUUGAAGCAAGACGAGAGGCAGUGCUGGUGGUCAUUGGACUACUUUGCCAGUCACUACUACGCGCCUUUCUUGCAGCAGACACCGGUGAAAGUUCUGACUGUGCUGGGCCUGGUGGCGCUCCUGGCCGCAUCUGGUUGGGGGGCCUUACGUGCAGACGAAGGCUUGGACCUGGCCGAAGUGGUCCCAGGUGGAAGCCGCGAGCAGGCAUUCCUGAAGGCGCAGAGCCACUACUUCGGCUUCUUUCACAUCUUUGCCAUAACGCGGGGAAACUUCGAGUAUCCGACUAAGCAGAGACUCCUGCUGGAGUUUCACGAGGCGUUCACUUCUGUCGAGCACAUCAUCAAGAAUGACGAUGGAGGCCUUCCCGACUUCUGGCUCACGCUGUUCCGGGACUGGCUACAAGGCCUGCAGAAGGCAUUUGACCGUGACUGGGAGCGAGGCUGCAUCACCCGCGAGCAGUGGUUUCCAAAUGCUUCAGACGAAGGGGUCCUUGCCUACAAGCUCCUUGUGCAAACAGGCCGGCCAGACAACCCCAUCGACAAGAAGCUCAUCCCCAAGGGACGCCUCGUUGACGAUGAAGGGCUUGUCAACCCCAAGGGUUUCUACAACUACCUCUCGGCGUGGGCAUCAAAUGACGCGCUCGCAUACUCGGCCUCGGAGGCCAACCUCAGGCCCGAACCGCGGCAGUGGAUGCACUCAAGGCAGGACGUUGAACUGCGCAUACCCAAGUCAGCGCCGCUUGCCUACGCGCAAAUGCCUUUCUACCUCCGUGGCCUGCGCAACAGCGGCGAGGUGUCACGUGCCCUCGAGAGCGUGUGGGCACUGUGCGCACGCUUCGAGGCACGGGGACUCCCCAACUUUCCUCGCGGAGCCCCCUUUGCCUUCUGGGAGCAGCACCUGCGGCUCCGGAUUCACCUGAUGGCAUCUCUGGCUGUGGCUCUGGCCGCCGUGUUUCUGGUGCUUGCGCUGGCCCUCCUGAACCUCUGGGCUGCCUGCUUCCUUGUGCUCGUCCUCGCGAGCCUCGUCCUUGAACUCUUUGGUGCGAUGGGCUUCCUCGGCGUGCGGCUCAGCGCCAUUCCUGCUGUCCUCCUUGUGCUGGCCGUUGGUGUUGGUGUACAGUUCACUGUUCAUGUUGCAAUUUCAUUUCUGACGGCCAUUGGCUGCAGAAAUCGUCGAGUAUCGCUGAGCAUGGAAUGGAUGUUCACGCCCGUUGUGCAUGGUGCGGUGUCAACUCUGCUGGGUGUGCUCGUGCUGGCGUCGUCCGAAUUUGACUUUAUUGUCCGGCACUUCUUCUACGUGCUGUCGGCCCUGGUGAUUCUGGGUCUUCUCAACGGACUGCUGUUUUUGCCGGUGCUGCUUUCUCUGGUGGGACCACCUGGCGAGUUGGUGCCUCAAAGCCGUGGGGAUCGCAUAGCAACACCAUCACCAGAAGCAUCUCCCGAGCCUCCACCGCGAAUGCUAAGGCCACCACGUACAUUCGGGCGCCCUGUCACUGGGCCACCACUCGGUGGUGCUGGCGUGCGACGUCACCCAUGGGCUGACUCUCUGAGCACAAUAUCCGAAGAGCCACCCUCGUACCACUCUUGCUCAUCCUCGCAUGAGAUUGUUCUACACCCAGAGGUGGUCGUUGAGACUACUACGGUGACCACAAGCAAUGGAACUACAGAGACUACGACGAGAAAUACUGUGGACACUGGUGAUCGGUCAUCGUCAGCACAGAGCAGCAGCAGCAGCGGCAACAGUGGUUCAAGCAGCCGUUCAUCAACGCCGAGCGAGGGUGGCGGCGCUCCCACUGUGGUUCAGUCGAGCAGUGACUGCAGUGUGCAACAACCGGGAGGAGGGGCUACCACCAACGUCACGACCAAGGUCACUGCCAAGGUCAAAGUGGAGCUACAUGCACCUGUUCACGCCUCUGAACGAAGUCACAAGCAUCGGCGGCGGCGAGACAGCAGCUGCUCUCGCGACUGCAAAUUUUGAAGGGAGACUCGUCCUUCCGCUGCUCAAGGUUGUGGCAGCCAGUAUUUAUUUUCCUUAGGGAUCGCUGUACAUAGGCACCUUUGUGUGGGGGUGGCCCGCGUAUUGACUAACUACCUCAAGUGAAGCGUCCCCUCUUCCUCACUCUCCACACAGCAUCAUACGGGUACAAGAGCCUUCUUCUCAGCAAGGGGGCGCUGCUCUUCACUCAACACUGGAUUGAUUAGAAACGGCCACAGUAGUGACGCAUCUUUGCAUAGGAAGGAAAGCCUCUGGAAGCCCUGCAACGUAUACAGUGUGUGUGGAGUGAGUGACUGAGAAGGCUGUCCAAGUGGCCCAAUGGUGAUGGGAGCCAUUCAACUGCUCAAGAAAGUGUGCUUGCUGCCAGAUGGUAGGAACUGUUUAUUUUUUUUUUGCUCGGGACAAAAAAGUGUUCCUUUCCAGGACAGUUAGACAGCUACUCGAGAGUGAGCGGACGACACCUAUACACUGCCAUGUCAUCGAUUUCUGCUCAGUGAACGUUUGCGCGUGUCGAGGACUGUGAAAUGCAUCGGCCGCUGGACUCUUGAAUUGGUGCCUUGGUUUUGCGGAGCGUGUGAGUGGAAACGCGGAUUACAGUGUUUGUGAGUGCGUUAACACAUGAGAUUUGCCCACAUGCUUUUUUUUUUUUUACCUUCGACCAAAGAUGGCCUGCCUGCCUUUUUUUUUUUACUGUUGCUUUCGCGGGCAUUUCUCUUUGGCAGCGUUCAUUGCUGCUGUAAGUGAAGCAGGGAGCUGUUCAGCUGACAAAUCGGGUUUUUCUGGUUCCACUAUAGAUAUACUGCAACGCCAAGCGUUAUUCUCUGGACAAUUUCCCACCCCUCUUUUACCCCUCUCCAAUUCUUGAAAUGCUCAUGGUCAAUGUACUAACACUGGAUAUCCUCAGAAGCAUCCAUUCUGUGCACUGCGGACUGACUUUGAAUUGGAUGCAACGCCCAACUUCCUGUUACGAGCCUCUUGAAUUUGGCAAAAGCUACGAUGAACUUGUCCUGUUUGACACACAAGUAGUGUGACAGAAUGACCACGCAUAUGGUGUUGUAGGUUAGAAUAUGACAUUUUAGUAGAAUUUAUUUAUUUUCUGACUCUAGUGAGGGCCCUGUUGUUCCAGCCUCCCUAGCAUUGUUACUCAUUGAAAUUAUGUGGGACCACUGACUUGUUUCUAAUUAUUUUUAGUAUACUGAAAUGAGUAAAGACUGAGACAUGAAA